UGGAUAGCUGUAUCUAGGUUCAUAUAUCUAGGUUCAUAAUUUUGAGUCUACUCUAAACUCUAAUCUCAAUGUACAUCUAGAUCUAUAGAUAGAGGGGUCUAGAGUCUAGAUCUAUAUCUUCUUUAUAGACUCUAGAGUCUAGAUUUAGAUCUCAAUAUCUAGAUCUAUGUUUGACAGACUUCACGCAAGACUAAGAACAUGACUUCAGACUUGUCAUCAUUAUAAUUAUAAUCAUUUAUAAUGUCAAUAAUCAAUAAUGAUAAUUCAGAUAAUGAAAAAUGGAAGUUUUCAAGAUCGAAGAUGCUGAUGACUGAUGAUGUCACUGAUUGUGACUGAUGACCAACCCUAGAAUCUAGGGCCUAGUUAUAGAGUCUAUCUAGAAUUACUAGACUUGUCUAUAUAGAUUAUAGAUCCUAAUCUCGAUCUAGAUUUAAUCUAGAGUGGAGACAUGAUAGGAUAGUUUGUGACUAGUUGUAUUACUUGUAUUGCAGUAGAUUAACAGUAGACUACUCAGAUUUCUAGCAAAAAUGCCUCUAUCAAACUGCUCAAAGAUAAGCAUAAGUAUUUUGACUAUAAUAACAAUAAUUGGAGUUCAGUUCAUCAUUCUUUCUUUUAGCAGCUUCCAAACAAAAGCUAGAAUUAUGCGAGCCAAUUUCGUACUUGGGAUUCAGGUGAUAAUGCUUACAUUUUCACUUCUUGUUUGGAGAACGUUCAAAGAUUGUAUGUUUGCCGACAAUUUUUUCUCCUCAUUAGAGGAAUUUAUUUCUGGAAAGAUACUGGGUAGAUUUAAAUUUAAAGAAAAGUCAAUGCGAAAAAGCUCUGAAAGUGACUUAACUGCUGGAGCCGAGUUAAUACAAAAUAGAAGAUGGACUCUGUGGAAAAUUGUGCUUUUCUUUUAUCUAUUAAUGUGUCACACAAGUUAUUUAACAAACUUAUAUUUUAUUGGAAAGGAUCCUUAUUGGAUUGGCUUGAUUACAUAUGCUUGUCUAGGCUCUUUUAUUCAACUGAACACAGGACUAUUAAUCAUUAAGACAGUAUCUCAAAUUUUGAAUAUACUCAAAAUAAAAAAAACAAGUCAAAGGCUUUCUUAUUAUCAACUUUCCAGUAACCAAAAAGCUAUUUUUUCAUCAGUUUUUAUGCUAUGCGCUUCUGUUUAUGGACUAUACAAUGCUUCUCAACCUCCUGUUGUUAAAGAUGUGAAAAUCCCAAUUAGAGAUUUACCAGUUGGUCUCAAUGGACUGAAGAUAGUACAGCUAAGUGAUAUUCAUCUGGGACCAACUGUAGGAUUUUCAAAACUUAGCAAAAUUGUAACAAUUGUUAAUCAAGAAAAGGCUGAUGUUGUUGUUCUGACUGGUGACCUAGUAGAUGGUAGUGUUGUAUUUCUACAAGAUGCUGCAGUGCCACUGAAGUCCAUACAAUCAAAGUAUGGAAAUUAUUUUGUAACAGGCAAUCAUGAAUACUAUACUGGUGAUGUGGAUAACUGGUUCAUUGCAUUGGCCUCCCUGGGCUUUAAAGUUCUUCACAAUAGCCAUGUAUUUAUACCAGAGAAGAAUGCUAAUGGUCAAGAACAUAUUUGUCUAGCAGGAACAGAUGACAUACAAGCUAAUCUGAUAGGAUAUGGAGAUCACAAAUUUGAUUUGGCUAAAGCAGUUGGUAAUUGUAGUCAACAAAGGCCAGUCAUUCUCUUAGCUCACCAACCAAAGGCAGCAAAAAUAGCUCUGGAUUCAUCAUAUAGGAUAGAUUUGGUCUUAUCAGGUCAUACUCAUGGAGGUCAGAUGUUCCCAAUGGUUAUUGCAGCAUACUUGCUUAAUCCAUUUUUUGCUGGACUGUACAAGUACGGACCUAAUGGUAGUUUUGUUUAUGUUUCACAAGGCACCCAGUAUUGGGGGAUUCCAAUGAGAAUUGCCACCACAAUGGAGAUUACCAGGAUAACCCUCCAGUCAGCUAAUUAAUGAAAAAAUUAAAAAGAAAAGAAAAAAAAUGUUUAUAGGAAUGUUUAAAAAAAAAAUAUUUAUAGGAAUGUUUAGAAAAUUUGAUUACGAUCACAUUUUAUGAGCUCCAACAAUGUAUGAACAACAUGAGAGGACUAAAUUGAUAGUACUAGGACAGAUAUUUAAUGAACUUUGUGUGGACCUAAUGCUUUAUUUCUUUCAAUUAACUGCAUAAUUACAUUGCAAUAAUAUUGUGUUGUAAUGAAUUGAACAAAUAGUUUGAAGCUGAGUAAUUGUAACUAGGAUCAUUUUGAAAAUGUUAAUUUAUUGAUGUGUGCGUUCUCAGGUAUUUUUAGGAAGUCUUUUUUUUUAAACCCAUUUUCAUCAUUAGCUAGUGAGAAAAAAUGUGUAUGUGGAUCUCUUUUUAAAAACUGUUAUUUUAAGUUGAGCUAGCGUAAAAAAAUCUCAUCAAGUAGUAGUACAGUAGCUGCACAGUGAACCUAUUUCAAAUAGGCCUAAAUGUUCUAUAAGUAAGUUGGUAUCCAACUCAUUUAGUUGAAUAGCUUUAAUUAAACUAAAGUGAAUAUAGAUGUUAGGUUUAACGUUAUAUGCUAAUUUUUUUUGAUAACCUUUCAAUAAUUUGACUGUUUUCUGAAUUAAAUUGUAAGAUUUCCUCAAACAUUGUUAUUGUGGUAGUUUGAUACUGUCAGUAGUGUGGCAUACAUUUCAAUUGUCAUGCAGAUCAUAGCUUUACAGCAGAGGUAGCUAUCUGGACACAGUGGUGGAAACCCUUUCCAUAACUUGGCCUAUUUGCAACAAAAUAAAUGCCUAAGUAAAAAAAAAAAUCAAAUUCUGUUUUUACAUUUUAAUACAAAAACAAGAGAAGACUAAAGAGAUGAACGUGUAUGUAUGUUGAUCUAGCAGAUCUGUACUAAGGUUUUAGAUGUUACAUUCAUGGGAACUGGUUUUAUUCUUGAAAUACAGUUAUUCUAUUUCAAUUUGAGUUGUGAUUGUGUGUGACAGGGUGUGUAGAUAUCAGUCUGAGCACAUGUGAAUUACAAGAUGAGCAUGGUGGGAAGCGUGGUCGAGAGGCUAAGUGCGCUUGAACAUGGCUUGUCUUGGCUACCUAGAAGGGGGCUCGAGGUUCGACACCCGACUCUGGCAGAGUUGUGUUUACUGAGCGCCUGAAGGCAGCACGGAAAACCAACUCCUAGAUACCCCUCCCCCCCACUGGUCCACAAAUGAGAUUGGACCAAAGCGCUCUGAGCAUGCUAUAAGCAUGAAAGUAGCGCUAUAUAAAAGCUAUAAUAAAUAAAUAUAAUAAAUAAACACUUUCUUUUGUGUGCAUUUGUAUAUUCCAAAAAUUAUUUUUUUGUCACUAUUUAUGAUGAAAUCCUGAUGUCUGAAAGUUUCCAGUCUUGAUCUUGUUUUGGUUGUAAUUUUGGUCAUUCCUUUGUCAGUACGUUAUUUAAACAAAUUUGAACCCAGGAACAAUUUUCUAACCAAAAAAAACACAAACAGGAUAUUUUAUAUUAAGAUUCUUUUUCUUUUUUAAAUUGCUUUGACAAAACCAAGUGUAAAUUUAUUUUUAAAAAUCCAACUACUUGACUUUUAGAUUAUUUACUUAAACAUAGAUGUUUAAAGAAAACCUUUUGAUUAUUACAUCUUAUAGUUCAGAUUUCUAUAUCUUUACUGAUGGGCUAUUUUUGAUUACAUUUAAUAGUAACUUAAAUGUCUCUAUUAUUUGAGGUAAAAUGCGAUAUCGUUUUCCAGAAAUUUUGAUUUUGCAGUUGAAUUUUUAGGCAUGACUUUGUGUUAGCAUGAACCAAAUGUGGUCGAUAGUGAUAUGAAUCAUCCAAGUCUUUCAAUAAUGUUGAAUUAAACUUUUGGCAUGUUU